AUGAGGAACCACGGCUGGGGGGGCCCCUGGAGGCCGCACCGGCCCCGGGGACCCGCCUCGGCCGUGUACGGCAGCCCCGGGCCCAAGAACGGCGUCCCCGGCGGCAUCGACCGGCGCGACCCCUCCGGCCGCCGCGCCCCCGCCUACAGCUUCGGGAUGAGGCUGGAGGGCCCCGAGGAGCAGCGCUCGCCCGGGCCGCAGUACCUGGUGCCCGCCGGCUGCACCGCCCGCGGCCCCGAGCGCGGGCCCGCCUUCACCAUGGGCGGCCGGCCCCGGGAGCGGCGGGCCAGCGACACCCCCGGGCCAGCCUAUUAUUCCCCGGAGCAGGCAACCAGGGUGACCCUGCCCUCGGCCCCCGCCUGCUCCGUGCGGUCCCGCACCCGCCCGGACAAACCCCAGCAGACGCCAGGCCCUGCCACCUACCAGCUGCCACCCGUGGUGGGCCCCCGCCUGGUGGACAAGACAUCGACCCCCCAGUACACCAUGGCAGGGCGAGGCCGCAGCAUCUUCGACGACGAUAAAAACACCCCAGGACCCAACACUUACUGCAUCGUGGACACCAACCUGUACAUGGAGCGGGCCCCCCGCUGCACCAUAGUGGGGCGGACCCCCUCCCGCCUGACCCCCAACACGCCCAGCCCCAGCGACUACUACCCCAAACCGGACCGCAAGCAAGGACAGACCUUCGGCGUGCGCCACGCGGAGUGUGUGGUCCCCGUGAUGGACUUGCAGCCGUAGGAGAGCGGGGACGUGGGUGACGCCGCCAGCGU